AUGGCCUCCAUGGGUAUGCAGGUGCUGGGCAUCGCCCUUUCGGUCAUCGGCUGGUUGGCCUCCAUCCUCUGCUGCGCGCUGCCCAUGUGGCGGGAGACGGCCUUCGUCGGGAACAACAUCGUGGUGGCACAGAUCGUCUGGGAAGGGCUGUGGAUGAGUUGCGUGGUCCAGAGCACGGGGCAGAUGCAGUGCAAGGUCUACGACUCCAUGUUGGCACUGCCGCAGGACCUGCAAGCCGCCCGCGCCAUGGUGGUGGUGGCCAUUAUCCUGGCCAUCCUGGGCACCCUGCUGGCCGUCACUGGCGGCAAGUGCACCAAUUGUGUGGAGGAUGACACCGCCAAAGCCAAGGUCAUGAUCCUCUCUGGCAUCAUCUUCAUCGUCGCCAGCAUCCUCAUCCUCAUCCCCGUCUCUUGGUCAGCCAACGGUAUUGUCCAGGACUUCUACAACCCGCUGGUCUCUGACUCGCAGAAGCGGGACCUGGGCUCAUCCCUCUAUGUGGGCUGGGCGGCUUCGGCGCUCCUGCUGCUGGGAGGGGGGAUCCUGUGCUGCACCUGCCCCCCCCGGGGAGAGAAGCCCUACUCCGCCAAGUUCACGGCUGCUCGCUCGCUGCCAGCCAGCAACUACGUGUAG